AUGCUGGAAGCAGGCCAGACGCACAACGCAGGUGAGAAGACUGAAGAAAGGUCAUUGGUUGGGGGUCUAUUUCUCGCACGUGGCAAUCGGAAGCUCGAGGCGGCGGUAAAGUUAGACCAGGGCCCCAUGCGCAAAGCUAUUCUCCAGGACUCACUUUCCGACGAGAUCUUCGGUACGUGCAAAGCGAAGGUGGCAGCUCAAGGGAGGUCAGCGUCCAACGGCAAGACAGUCAUCAAGAGGGCCCUGAAACCGUACGCGAUAGUGAAGGCGGCGCUCAUCGCAUCGCUGAAGAAGGAGGGCGCGGAGUUCCAGCUGGGGCCCGCGCCGCGCGUGGACACCGCGCGCGAGGACCCGCGGCUCCGGCGGCAGACGCCCGUGAUCCGUUCCUCCAGGAGGGUGGUGGCCCGGGCGGCGUCAGGGGAUUACGUGGACUGCCACCGCCAGCUCCACGCUGGCGGCGCGGGCGGCGGGGGCUGCGCCGCGGAUUGGGAGCCUCCGGGGGGCCUGAGGCCCCUGCGGCUGCGACCGCACGCGCGCACCGCCAGCACCAGCAGCAGCAUGGCGGCGCGGGGCGACAGCCUCUGGCGCCCAGGCAGCACAGCCGAGGCACAUCCGAGGUUGAACGCCGCCCUCGGGGAGGAUGCCCUCGGCCGCGUGGACUUCGCAUCCGUGCUGGACGAGGUGGUCGCCACCCAUGCACGGGGCACCGUGCGGCUGGUCAAAGCCACCAGUGGAGGCCGAUGCAUCGGGUACGUCUUGUACGAGCUCCGGAAGAAGGGUCCAGCGAGGAGCCGGCAGCACUUCUGCGAGCUCGUGAACAUCGUGGUGCGCCCCGAGCAGCGCGGAUGCGGCGCCGGGCGGCGGCUCUUCGAGGCGCUGGAGCGGGACCUCGAGACGACCGCCAGCAGAGAGGCUCGCGACAUGCGCCUCUACGUCGCGGAGCGGAACGGGGGCCCGAGGGAGUGGUACCGGCGCAUGGGCUUCGAAGAUGCAGGCUGGCAGACCGAGCAGGUCGGGGGCGAGCAGGUGCGCUUCCUGCGGAUGUGUGAGACAGGCGACAUCUGCGGCGUUCUCUGCACCUCUGCUAGCACGCGCUCCGCAGAGACGACUUGCGCGGAUUCCGGCAACGGGCCAGCGCUGCUUGCGUUCUCGGGGCUCCUGUGGGGGCCAGAUGGGCGCCCAUCGCCCGGAGCCGACGGCGCCGCCGAGGGGGCGGCCGCGGCGUCGCCGCCCGCGGAGCGCAACGAGACGUACCGGGACGCCAUCGGCUGCUGCGUGCCGGGGCAGGUCGGCGGUGUGCGGCUGGUGCCGCUGCCGCUCGGGUGGGGCGCCUCGCAGCGCGGGCUGCCGCUCGCGGAGGCCGGGGCGCGCGGCGUAACCCGCCGGGCGAGGAGCCGGCGCUGGCGCUGCAGGCCCCUGGAUGGCCCGCUCCUCUUCGACGCCGCGCUGCUGCAGAGCGCGGCCACGCUUGCCGGCUACGCAUCGCCGGGGCGGCGCCUGCGCUACGAAGACUGGGCAGCGGGGCGCGGCGGCGACGCGGGCGAAGGCGCGCUGCGGAUGGAGCCCUUCGGCGCCGACCACCGCGUCUUCGGCUCCUACGGCGGCCUGUGGGCGCUGCUGGGCCUCGCGGCCGCCUCGGCGCCGAGGCUGUGCCCCAGCGGGAGCCUGUGCGGCAUCUGCUCCCACCUGGCGCAGACGCUGGCAGAGGUGGAGAGCUGGGUGCGGAGAGCCCCUGAGAAGCAGCUGGACAUCCUCCAUGGCGUGCUCGACCUGCUGUCUCCGCACGGGGGCGCCGAGCGCUGGGGCCGCUGGCGGUCGUGCCUCCUCCGCGGGCUGGCGGACCUCGCGGCCGCGCAGCGCCCGGGCGCCCCGCCGCGGCGGAGCCACGAGGCCCGCGCGGAGGGCGGGCGCUCCGGGCGGCCCGCCCACCAGCACUUCGUGCGCACGCGCGCCGAGGUCGCUUACCGCAGCGGCCGCGCGCGCGCACCGCGGCCGUCCUCGGCGCGGCGGGUCGCCAUGCGUGCGCUGCUCGCGCCUGCGCUGCUCGCUGUGUGCGCCGCACUCUCGCACGACAGCAGGCUUUCGCCAAAGCAGGCCGGGUCGGUGGACGAGCAGAGCCGCCAGGGCGCCGCCGUGGACGCGGGCUCGGGCUCGUCGGCGCAGCAGGCCGUCGUCCUGAACGAGCAGAGCCACCAGAGCGCUGGCCUGGACGCGAUCUCGGGCUCGUCGGCGCAGCAGGCCGUCAUCCUGGACGAGCAGAGCCGCGAGAGCUUUGUCCUGGAAGCGAGCUCUCGGUCGUCGGAGCAGCAGGCCGUCAUCCUGGACGAGCAGAGCCGCCAGAGCUCCAGCAUGGCCUCGAGCUCGGGGUCGUCGGCGCAGCAGGCCGUCGUCAUGGACGAGCAGAGCCGACAGAGCGCCGCCGCGGAAGCCAGUUCGGGCUCGGCGGCGCAGCAGGCCGUCGUCCUGAACGAGCAGAGCCACCAGAGCACCGUCCUCACAGCCAGCUUGGAUUCGGCGGCGCAGCAGGCCGUGAUGGUGGAUGAUCAGAGCCACGAGAUCGUUGGCCUGGACGCGGGCUCGAGGUCGUCGGCGCAGCAGGCCGUUAUCCUGGACGAGCAGAGCCGCCAGAGCGCAGGCCUUGGUUUGAGCUCGGGGUCGUCGGCGCAGCAGGCCUUGUUGGUGGAUGAUCAGAGCCGCGAGAUCGUUGGCCUGGACGCGGGCUCGGGGUCGUCGGCGCAGCAGGCCGUUAUCCUGGACGAGCAGAGCCGCCAGAGCGCAGGCCUGGGUUUGAGUUCGGGGUCGUCGGCGCAGCAGGCCGUCAUCCUGGACGAGCAGAGCCGCCAGGGCGCCGCCGUGGAAGCCAGUACAGGCUCGGCGGCGCAGCAGGCCGUCAUCCUGGACGAGCAGGGCCACCAGAGCACCGUCCUCACAGCCAACUUGGAUUCGGCGGCGCAGCAGGCCGUGAUGGUGGACAAGCAGAGCCAUCAGGGUGCCGACCUGGACGCAAGGUCUGGGCCGUCGGCGCAGCAGGCCGUCAUUCUGGACGAGCAUUUGAGCUCGGGGUCGUCGGCGCAGCAGGCCGUGUUGGCGAAUGAUCAGAGCCGCGAGAUCGUUGGCCUGGACGCGGGCUCGGGGUCGUCGGCGCAGCAGGCCGUCAUCCUGGACGAGCAGAGCCGCCAGAGCGCUGCCGAGGCCUCAAGCUCAGGGUCGUCGGCGGAGCAGGCCGUCAUCCUGGACGAGCAGAGCCGCCAGAGCUCCAGCAUGGCCUCGAGCUCGGGGUCGUCGGCGCAGCAGGCCGUCAUCAUGGACGAGCAGAGCCGCCAGACCGCCGUCCUGGAAGCGAGCUCGGGGUCGUCGGCGCAGCAGGCCGCCGUUCUGGACGUGCAUCGCGGGCAGGAAGCCGCCUUGCAGGCGAGUUCGGGGUCGUCGGCGCAGCAGGCCGUCAAUCUGGACGAGCAGAGACGCGAGGGUGCCGCCCUGGACGCAAGCUCGGACUCGUCAUCACGCAUGGCCGCCGUUGUCCACGCGCAGUUCCGCGAGAUCUCCGCCCUGAAUGCUAGUGUGGAGCUCAGGAUCGCACAGAUGGAGCAGGACUGGAAGCUCAGGAUCAAGCAGCUGGAGGAGAAGCUCUGGCAGGUGCAGCAGGAGAAGCGGGACGUCGCCGCGGCCGAGGAGAGGUCGGAGCGACGGCUCGCGCUUCUCGAGAGCAAGCUCGCGAAGAUGGAGCUCAAGGUGCAGCCCAGCCUGGAGCGCCGCCUCACCCAGGUGGAGGAGGCCGCGAGGGCCGAGGCGCAGCGUCGGGCCUCGCAGGAGCAGGAGACUUCCCCGACGGCCGAGGAGGAGUUCAGCAGACAGCAGCGCUCGCGCGAAAGCCUCGAGGAGUCGCGGCUGAUCUACGAGCAGUCCUGGGCGAUGGGCGACCUCAAGGCGGCCCACAGCGCCAUCGACCGCGUGGUGCUGCCGCUCAUGACGUUCGCCAGGGAGAAGGUCUACCAGAGCCGGCGCCAGGAGAUCGAGGCCGAGACUCGCCGCAGGCUCCUGGAGGAGGCCGAGGGGCUCUGCGACGCCGACGGCGACAGGCUGGACGGGGAGCAGCUGCGGGAGGUGCUCGACGUGCCCGAGGCCAAGCUGGCCCACCUGGCCGCCGAGGUCGCGCAGGUCGCCGCUCCAGCGGCCACCGGCGACGCGGUCGACCACACGGGCCUCCGGUGGCAGGAGCGCCUGGAGGGCUUCCGCCAGAAGUCCGCCGCCGAGUCCGCGCACGUGCUGGAGUCCAUCGUGCACAAGAUCGGGGUGCUGUCGGACAUCCAGGGCGACUACGACGACCGCAUGUUCCUGGAGAUGCUGGCCCGCUUCCUCAACGACACCAGAGACGAGACCCAGCACAUGCACGAGACGAACGCUCUCAUCCACAAGAGGCUCCAGGAGAAUUACGGGAAGUACAACACCGAGUACUUGUCCAGCACACUCCUGCAGGCCAUCAGCGGCGUCACUGAGAACGUAGAGUUCAAGAACCACUUGCUUCACAUGGAUACCUACGCCCUGUCCCACACCACCCCGGGCGAGGAGAUGGUGCAGGGCUGCCAGGAGAUGGAGCGUGUAUUCGCCUCUCACAUCUUGCCCUUCUUCCAAGGCGUCGGCCACAUGAGGGGUACCCUCGACAACUUGACCAAGGUCGUCCCGAGCAUGCUGUCCACCGCGGGCCAGAAGCGCUCUCUGGCCAUGAUGCGGAACCGCACCAAGGGCAUGCUGAGCAUGGCUUACGCCCAGCAGAUCGCCCUGAGGGGGGUGUCCAACGCGAUUAUGCACGACGCCAUACCAGUCUUGGUAGAGAGGCUCCACUGCAAUUUCACUGACCCCAGCAGCUCAGCAGCGCGCACGAGCUCGCCGAGCUCGCCCCGCACGCUCCUUUCGCGCAUCUGGUCGCGACGGCAGUAGUGCGAAGGGCGCUGCGAGGCGAGAGGCGCUGCUGCUCGUCGAGCAGCCUUCGCUUCGCCCGUUGGGUCCGUCCAGGCUCUUUUGACCCCUGUGCCCUCCGCCUCCUGCCGCCCUGCUCGCGUGCAAGCGACACCUUUCUGCGACAGGCGAGCAGGAACACACGGAUUACAUGCUCGCAAUGGGGAUGGGCCACGGGUGUGAGAGGGAGGCGCGGCGUCUCGUCGGGCACGGCCCCCUUGCGGUUGACCCUUGGUGCGGUGCCGAGGGGCCCAAGUUCGAGAGCUAAGAGGAUC